AGUCAAAUCACCUGCAAACGAAAUGUGGUGUUUAUUCAAAUCUGAUGCGCAUCUCCAUCUGCCACACUUCUGUCACUUUCAUCCAUGCAUGCCAUCGUCCUGAGCGCCUCACGGGUGAAAACGUCUAGGACCAGUGGUUGUUCCUCCUCAGCACUCAUGUCCUCCAACGCGUCUUCCGGUGUGGUCCUCACCAUGCAACCAUCAUCAGUCAUUCUGACUGGUUUGUUUUUAACAUGGCCACCAUGGAGCUAAUUGGAGUAGCGGCAUCCAUCCUCAACAUGUGGGCAAUCAACAAGGAAGACGGCCAGGUGGUCCUUGCGGGAAUUAUAAUCCAGGCGUUCCCCUGGUACGGACAGAUGGUCUUCCCCUUGCUCACGUGCGGUGACCGUUACUUGGCAGUGGUCCAUCCCGUCGCUUACCUGCGUCUCAGGCGGCAGCGGAGCAUUCGGAAUGUCACCACUGGCGUCUUGUGGCUCGGGUGUUUCCUAGGGAUCUAUCUGACCUUCCUGGCCUUGAAGCAACCUCUGCUGGGAAUCUGGCUGGGCAUGUGCCAGGUGACCCUCUUCCUUGGGGCCAUGACUUUCUGCAGUCUCUCGGUUGUCAACGUGCUCAGGCAACCGCGACCCGGCCAGCAGGGUGGAGUCGUGAUGGACAAAUCCAAGCGAAGAGCCGUCUGCAUCAUCCUCAUCAUAGCAGGAGUUCUUCUCCUCAAGUAUGCAGGCAAUGUUCUCUUGAGCGCCGCCAGCCUGAUGGUGCCGUUUGGCUACAACACCUCCUGCGUCAUGAUGGUGGCAGUCCGAUUCUUCGACCUUCCCAGCAGCUGCUUGCUCCCGCUCCUCUUCCUGCACAAGAUGGGAAAAUUGCACGCUUGCAAACAUCCUCAAAUGCUUUGCAACCUUUAA